AUGCCCAAGGAACGGCAGACAUGCACCGAGUGCUCCAUGCGCCGGCAGAAAUGUGAUCGCAAUAUCCCUUGUGGCCGAUGUAUAAAGAGGGGCGAGCCUGAGAAAUGUACGCGCGAGUGGCCCGAGGGUGGUUAUGAUCCGAAGGUCCACCGCAUCUAUCCACGGACUUCAGCCAAGUCUGACGGCAGUCUCUCGGUCACAGAGAGCUCCCCCCAGGGGGUGGAUGGCCAGCCUGGGCCUGAAUCUUCUGCCAAUCCUCCAUCGAAGAGAAAACGGGCCUCGGCCAGCUCGCGACGUAAGUCAGAGGCGCCAGCUUCGACUUACUCGUACCAUUCCACAUCCGCCCCAACGCCGGCCCAUCGUCCGGCCGAUGAUGUCGACCAUACAGCCAGCGUCCCGGACUAUCUCAGCUGGGGCCGGUCCAAGUUAUCGGACUAUGAUCUCAAAGCCCUGGAACUCUUGAAGGAGCCUCAUAAUUCCGGGCCAGCCGCCAAUCCCCGCGACUCUGGGUGUAACUGGGACAUCUCAAAUGGCCUGGGAGGCACAGGUGCGGCCCAAGUCUCGUUUCUGCAACUAUUACUGCCCAGCCGGGCGCAAGUAUUCCAGUUGGUCGAGUACCACAUCGACACGCUCAUGUGGUAUCACGGAUGCUUCCAUGGACCCACAUUCUAUGAAGAGCUCAAAGAAGUCUACAAAAGCCCCACUGGGUUGCAAAUCCGAGAUAUGGAUCUUAGAUGGACGGCCUUGCUGUUUUCAAUCAUGGCCGCCAGUAUGACGUGCGCAAGUGAGCAGCAGGCAUUAUCGUGGGGGUUCCAAAAGAGCGAACGGGCCAAGCUCAACCGACAAUGGUAUAAGGCGACGGUGAGUUGUCUCAACCUUGCCGACUAUAUGUGGCGACAUCACAUCUACUCCGUCCAGGCCAUCUGUAUUUUGAUAUUGUCGGCCCAUGUCUUGGGCUUUAGUAACACCCAGAGCACCUUGUUGGGGGCCGCGCUCAAGAUUUCGCAGGGGCUUGGUCUCCAACGACUUGGCGCGGAUAACGACUGCAACAGUACCGGUGAGCCGUUGACGCCCGCACAACGAGACCGGGUUGUGAAGCGGGAGAUAGGACGGAGGGUAUGGCUGCAAAUUUGCAUACAGGAUUGGUUUCAGAUCCCAUUCUCCGAGAUGUAUUUGAUACAAACGAAGCACUUCACCACACUCAGGCCCCUGCCCUGCGACGAACUGACGAUGCAACCUGUGGGAGAUGACGUCCCCACUGUGGUCAGUUUCGCGAAUUUCCUGUUUGAGAUUGCAUGUCUCGGGCCGCAAUUCCACGACGCAAUCCUGUCAUCCAAUACCUUGUACACAAAAUAUGAGCAGGUUCUGGAGUACGACGCGAAAAUGCGCACGCUGGCCACCGACGGCUGCCCGGCAUAUUUCUCCCCGAGAGAAGGCAUAGCCCCAGAGUGGCCGGCGUUUGUGCCGUGGGCGCGACGCAGCUUGACCGUAUGUUUCGCACACAAGAUCAUCAUGAUCCAUCGUGCAUUUCUGGGCCGCAGUUUCACCGAGCCAGCGUUCGACUUCACGCGCCGCACGUGCAUGGCGGCGGCCAAGACGAUACUCAAAGAGGCUCGUCAGGCCUACGACGAGGAUGGGCCCAUGCUGUGGAUCGACCAGGCAUUCAUGGUCGCCGCGGGCAUCACUUUGGCGUUGGACAUUUUCCAUCGCAAACCAGCCGAACCGGAAUACGACGAGCAUCGGAAACUGGUCGACAAUACCAUCAGCAUGCUGGGCAAAUUUGAAAACAGCAUGAUCGCCCUGCGAGGCAUUCGUCUGUUGUCGUCGCUGCUCGCCGAGCAAGCCCGCCUUAGUGCAGACCAUACGCUGGCGGAUUAUCGCAAAAAACGCGCCCAUAAUGACCCGGCGAACCAUGGCGGCCAGCAGCCGAAACGACAGAAGUUUAAUGUUCCGAAAUUCGUCGAGUCCUUUGUCGGCACCGACUCGUUCACCCAUUCAUUACGCGGCUCUCACAACAACAACAACCUGAAUAGGUCUGCUGAGCCGUCCAUGGAUUUGUAUGAACAGCCCAGUGAAGCACGGACUCCUGCGACUCAAGAGUCUUCGUUCACUUCGGACUUUGGCUAUGAGACUUUCGAACAGUUGUUCCCGCCCCAUACGGGCAUCAGCAACAACUUUUUGUUUGAGGAUCUUCUCAACUUUGACGUUUGA